UGGAGGUUGAGCUUUAAAAUGCAAGAGUGCGAGUAAGGUCACUAAGAAAAAAAAAAAGAGAGCAAGAACUCAAAUUUUCUCUCAACUAGCUUCCUUUGCAAUUGUAACUUUGAUCAUUUUCUCUGUUUUCAACUUCACUCCCCCACCCCCCCUUUAUUCCCCGCUUCUCUGAAUCCCUUUCUGUCAUCGUCUGUCUUUCAAGCUUUUGUUUUUUUGGGUUUGUUUUCUUGGGUUCAAACUGAGAAGUUUGUGUUGAAUUUAAGAAGAAGAAAAAAAAAAAAGCAAAACCCAGAAGGGUGUAUUUGAAAGCCAGGUGAUUCAGAAUAGAGAUCUCAGGAAUUUUUUUUUUUUCUUUUGGUAAAGUUUUAAAAUUUUCACUUGACAACUAAGAGGGUUGUUUUUCUAUCCCUCAGGUUGGUUUUUUUCAAUUUUCAAGGUCCAAAUACUAGGUUGUUUAUACAGGUCUCUUUGUUUUUUUUUUUUUUUCUGGGGUUUUCUUGUUUUCUACAAAAUUAACUCCUGUUCUUUAGUUUUGGUAAGAAACAGGUUGAUUUCAAAGGAACCCUUUCUUGGUAUUUUUUUGGUUUCCUUGUUAAAAUUUUAGUCUUUUGCAGUCUUUGCUUGUAACUUUGUUAAGAAGAUGGCAACAGCUAUAGGUAUUUACAAUAGCAGCUCAACAUCAAAUUUCUCAGAUCCCGGAGAAGAGCUAAUGAUAGCACUACAACCUUUUAUGAAAGGUGCUUCACCAACCUCUUCUUUAACCCUGUCUUCUUACUCUUCUUCUUCACCUCCAACUUCUCCCUCUACUUCUUCUUCUUCUUUCACAUCUUACCCUUCUUGUUCUUACUCUACAAACUCUCCCCCUCAGCCCCACUUGUACCCUGACUUUUGCUCCCCAUCGAGUACCCAAAUGUUUUGCCAAGGGUUCUCGAGCCAUAAUAACCAAAUGGGUCUUGAGCAACAAACAGGCACAAUAGGGCUCAACCACCUUACCCCAUAUCAAAUCCUUCAAAUUCAAGCCCAAGUCCAAUUCCAACAACAACAGCAACAACAAAUUGCUGCUUUGGCUUCAGCUUCACUUCAAAACCAAAGGCUAAACCAAUGGCAGCACCAAAAAGCAAACAACCUUAACUUCCACCUUGGCCCAAAAGCCGUCCCUAUGAAACAUGUUGGCAUUCCUCCAAAGCCCACAAAACUAUACCGGGGAGUGAGACAGAGACAUUGGGGCAAAUGGGUCGCUGAGAUUAGACUCCCAAAGAAUAGAACACGCCUCUGGCUUGGUACCUUUGAUACGGCUGAAGAAGCAGCUUUGGCUUACGAUAAGGCUGCUUUUAAGCUCAGGGGUGAGUUUGCUAGGCUCAAUUUCCCUCAUCUCAAGCACCAAGGAGCUCACAUAUCAGGUGAAUUCGGUGACUACAAGCCCCUCCAUUCCUCUGUAGACGCCAAGCUCCAAGCAAUUUGCCAGAACUUGGCUAAUUCACAGAAACAGGGGAAAACAGAGGACCCCUGUUUUGUUUCUGAUACAAAGCCAACAAUUCCAAUUCCUCCAGCUCCUUUGAAUGCAAAUUCGGCUUUUGAUGGUUUACCAAAACCAGAAUUGAAAAAGGAAAUCGGGUUUCUUGGAGUGGAGGAUUGUAAGGUGGAGAAUUCUUCGUCAUCAUCGUCCGAUGAUUCAUCAUCAUUGGCAGGCUCUUGUUCACCAGAAUCCGAUAUUUCAUUCUUGGAGCUCACAAAGUGGGAUGAGAUUGAGAAUUUUGGGUUGGACAAGUUUCCUUCAGUGGAGAUUGAUUGGGCAGCCAUCUAAUAAGCAUUAGUCACUGUGUAAUCUUUGUACCUUUUAGUUUUUGGCUGGGUAUCUGUUGCUCUUUGUAAUGUCUAGGUUUAUUUUGAGGUCUUCAGCAGCUUCUGCAAUAAAUUUUUGAAAAGUUGCAGAGGUGUUGCUCAGCUUAAUUAGGAGUCAGUCAGUAAAGUAAAGGGUCCGUCAGAUGUUUAUGGUUGUUACUUUUUAGUAGUGUUCAAGGUUUCCCCAUCUUGGUCCUGCUGGUACUUUUAUUCCUUGCAUGGCCAUGGAGAAUUUGAAGUUUGUCUUUGUUGUAAUUUGCACUCGAGUGUAACUGUCUUUGAAAAUAUAAUAUAAGUUCUACUUUCUGUAUUUUGUGUAAA